GCUGCUGUUUAUUAUCCUAGUGGCCACCAAAUGCCAUUACCACUGAUCAGCACAUGUAGUAACUCCGCUUCACUCUGCUUUGAGGUCACUUUUAAAAUUGUGUGCCGUUUGAGAGCGUCGAGAUUGUAGCAUUGUCCUUCAAACAACAUCAGUUGAACAAUUUAAGAGUUGAAAAACAGCAGCUCAUAUGAGCUCGAAGGGAGGCCGAAUCAAACGCACCAAAAAUGUGCGUAAUUUGGAUUCGCGUGAUGCGCCUUCACUAGCGCAAUCAAUAAUCGAUGAGCAGCCAAAUAUUAUACCUGCCGGGCGACAGUUAGAGAGGACACCUCCAUCUAAAAGUGAAAGAGUAACAACAAGCCCCCCCAGCAAACCAGAUGGUUCUCCAACGUCAGAACAAGUGGUCAAAGAUGAGCCAUGCGGCCAGGAAAUAACUAAGCCCCUUUCUUGCAAUGGAUUAAAUGAAGUUCUCCAGCACCCUAAAGUUAAAGAUGAGAGGAAGUCGGUCAAGAGGUCUAGUUCUACCGCUGCAUCAGCAACCCCUGGGAAUCCUGAUCCUGAUCCUGAAAUCUUCAUCCAGGGAAUGCAGGGAUACAAAUGGACAGACACAGACCUGGAGUUUGUCUAUCAAACCAAAUGGAAAAAGCGAGUUCAACUGGCACAGCAAGAGUUAAGCGACUUGCAGAAGUCUCUGAAGAGCAUGAAACAAAUGCGGGACAUGGGCUUUGCUGCACUUGACAAAAUACAAACAGAGCUUUCUAAGGUGGCGUCGUGUCAACGUUUACAGCAAAUUUCCAUGGAAAUACUUCUGAGGUCCCUGAGCUCUAGUCAGCUGGAAGGGCUUGAUCUUAAAGCUCUCCUUGCCAAGCUAAAGGUCACUGAUGUGCACUGCACUACUGCUGAGGAGAAGGCAGAGGUCAGCAAACUCAAGACAGAGCUGGAAAAAGCACAAGUAUCGAGAGAAAAGGAGGAGCUACUCAUGAAGGACAUUGACAGCUAUAAGGAGAACAUCAAACAAAUCAAGGUAAACGUAGAUACGCUAAAAGCAGAAAUAUCUGCUCUGGAAUCCCAGCUGUCCGGUAAAGAGGAGACACCACAGUCAACUAAACCACGGCGAAAAGGCCACAGAGGCACCAAACCCUCUACUGCCCCUAAACCCCCUUCAAACCCCAAACUUUCCACCUCUUCUCCUGCUCCAAAAACCUCCAAACCU